AUGUGGCUUAGCAAGUGCUCGGUCAUUUUCGGGUUAUUUGGUUCUCUGCACUCGGACAGAAAGAUACACCCCGGUUUUGACCAGUCUAGCUGGAAACAGCAGAUUACUGCCAGCACAGACCUGCAAUCUGCCAUGACAGACCCGCAGUUAGUCACCCAGAACGGGGGCCCCAACCAUGACGCUGAUAUGGAGAGUAAGACCAACCUUAUAGUCAACUACCUCCCACAAACCAUGACACAAGAGGAGAUCCGAUCGCUCUUCUCAAGUAUCGGGGAGGUUGAAAGUUGUAAACUUAUCAGAGAUAAAACAACGGGUCAGAGCUUAGGUUAUGGGUUUGUUAACUACAAACUGCAAGAUGAUGCAGACAGAGCAAUCGCACAGCUAAAUGGUCUACGAUUACAGAACAAAACCAUAAAGGUUUCCCUCGCACGGCCUAGCAGUGAAAGCAUAAAGGGGGCAAACUUGUACAUAUCUGGGCUGUCCAAAACUAUGACUCAGUUGGAUUUGGAAACUAUGUUUUCACCCGCUGGCAAUAUAAUAACUUCAAGAAUCCUAUGCGAUCCAACAACAGGGCUAUCUAAAGGCGUAGGAUUCAUAAGGUUUGACCAACGGUAUGAAGCAGAAAAAGCCAUAAAUACCCUUAACGGUACAAUACCAGAGGGAUCAACAGAACCAAUCACAGUAAAGUUUGCCAAUCAACCCAGUAACAGUAAAAAUGUUUUACCCGUUACUAUGGCAUCAUAUCUCUCGCCAGCCCGACAAAGAGGAUUCUUAGGUCCAAUACAUCAUGCAUCGACUGGAAGGUUCAGGUUUUCCCCCCUAGACGCAGGUCUGGUCCCCAACCCCCUGAUCUCUGCCACCAGUCCCACCAUCUCUGCUGCCGGCCCCGGCCCAGGAUGGUGUAUAUUUGUAUACAACCUUGCCCCAGAGACUGAAGAAAAUGUAUUGUGGCAAUUAUUUGGCCCAUUUGGAGCAGUCCAAAGCGUUAAAGUCAUCAGAGACUUUCAAACACAGAAGUGCAAGGGAUUUGGAUUCAUUACAAUGUCCAAUUAUGAGGAGAGCUUGAUGGCGAUUCAGAGCCUCAAUGGCUAUACUCUAGGCAAUCGCGUCUUACAAGUAUCAUUCAAAACCAGUAAUCGCAAGUCUCCGUAAAGCGCAAGAAUACCCCACCUGCGUGGACAGGACGUUGCUAGUCAAGAGCACACAGCUGCCAACAGGAAAAUAUUAUACCAAAACAAAACCAAAUGUCUACGCGCCACAACUAUGUCUGUGUUCG